GCGGAAGGAAGUGACGUAGAUAGGACAAAGGGAACGCACGCUGGCUCCGCACCGUCGCUAAACCGGAGUCUCGGUGUUGAGGCUGAGGUUUCCUGGGCUGCUGCUGCCUUUGUCACCCCCCCACAUACACCCGGUUCUAGGUGACCCACUGCCCUCUGUCCCGAGGGUGAGUAGCGUGGGGAAAACCCUUGUGAGGACGGCGACAGCACUGUGUACUCUAUCCUAUCUCAAGCAGAAUGCUUCUUUAUCUUUCAAACCUCAACCAAGUGAAGUAGCCCCUCAGAUGCCAAUUAGGUAAAAUAUCAACUGGGCCAUUGUUAGCUGCUGGUGAAUGGAAACUCUUUAGGGAAUGAGGAGAGGAUCCAUAGCUUAUUGUGUUGGUAUCCAGGAAACGGCCUGAGUUGGUUGCAACAUGACAAGUGAGGUUGUGGAAGAUGAGAGCCAAUUCUACUUGAAGGCAGAGAAGUACUGGAAAGACGUCCCACCCACAGUGGACGGCAUGCUUGGAGGGUAUGGCCAUAUCUCCAACAUCGACAUCAACAGCUCCAAGAAGUUCCUGCAGAGGUUUUUGAGGGAAGGUCCAAAUAAAACAGGAACUAACUGUGCUUUAGACUGUGGAGCUGGCAUUGGUCGAAUCACCAAAAGGCUGCUCUUGCCACUGUUCAAAGUAGUGGAUAUGGUUGAUGUUACAGAGGAUUUCCUGAUUAAGGCCAAAACUUACCUGGGUGAGGAGGGGAGAAGGGUGAGGAACUAUUUCUGUUGUGGCCUACAGGACUUCAGCCCAGAACCAAACUCCUAUGAUGUCAUUUGGAUCCAGUGGGUUAUAGGUCACCUGACUGAUCAGCACCUUGCUGAAUUCCUACGAAGGUGCAAGGCGGGUUUGCGGCCCAAUGGCAUCAUUGUCAUCAAGGAUAAUAUGGCUCAGGAAGGGGUGAUCAUGGAUGAUGUGGAUAGCAGUGUGUGCCGGGACCAGGAGGUGGUACGCAGGAUUGUCCGCCAUGCAGGUCUUAACCUCCUGGCUGAAGAGAGGCAGGAGAACUUCCCGGAUGAGAUUUAUCAAGUCUACAGUUUUGCCAUGAGAUGAGACAGUUUGGCAUGAGAGACAUAAGAAGGGACCAGUGUGGGGUUGGGGGAGGGGGGAAUUGGAGCCAAAUGACACCUGUUGGAUCCAGCAGUGUUGUGUUAUGGUUCAGGAGUAUAGAAACAGCCCCAUGGAGGCUGCUAAAUACACCUGUAUGUUUGCUGUCAAUUUACUCUGUAUAGAUUGUAUAUUUAAAAGAAAAACCAGACACAGAAGGGAAAGUUCUGCUGGACAAGAUAGAAGGUGAGUUGCAGGGCUUCCAAAGCACAAAGUGCCAGCCAACUUUUUUGUGUGUGUACAAAAUAGGAAGAGUAGGCCUGAAUCAUAAUUAUCUCCUAACUUCCCCCUUCCUCCAAAAAAAUUUUUUUCCUGUAUGCCUAUUUGGGGACUUAUUUUUCUUCUUGGAACACAGUUAUACAUGAUAAGUUCUGGGAAAAACACUGAUCCUACCAGAUGACUUUUUUUGUUUAAACCAAAGGUCUGGCUGCCUUAACAGGAAGUAAAAUCACCUUUAACUUUGUAUCUAUGAACAUUAAAAAAGAAUCCAUUGUUACUUAAUUGGGAAGCAAAUUGUUCUCGUCCUGUUGGGAGUAAAUUAAGGCUUUUGUUUUCCUUUCACAGCCCUGGUUAGUCUAAGCCUCACUUUGGUAAGGGGAUUUGGGAUUUCAGGCUAUUCUGUGUUGUGGGACUCUUGGAUGUUUCACUAAGUAUUUACUUGUCUCCCUCUCCUUAAUGAUUGUAACAAUUAGGAAAAGGGUUAAAGCCCCUACGGUUGUUUGCAGAUUGGAGCAAAGAAAUGGUGCCUUGCUUUUGAAUGUGGUUCUUCUUUGGCAAGCUGUUAGCAGUGUCAUUUUCAGUCAGAAAUAAAAGGUAAAUUCAG